AUUGUGACCAGUUUGGAGAACUCUUCAACGUCGUCCCAUCCUGGGAUUCAGGAUGCACGUCCAGAGGGCCAGCUCCUAUUCAAAUAUAAAAACAGAGCUAGAACGGCCGUUGAAAGAUGACCGUCAGGUUCUGGUUGAGGAACAGAAGGCAUGCAGAGCUCGUGCUCGAAAAUUCUCCUUGGAAACCAAUCGACGUAGGAGAGCUCUGGAGGAGAAACGCAGGGAAGAGGACAUCAGGGAGCAGAAACUGAGGGAGGACAUACUCCAGCAGCGCAAACAGAAAGUGCAGGAGGCAACCGAGAGGUUUCAGAGAGCUCAUCUCCCCCCCUCACAAAGAAAUAGACAAGUUUACAGAAAUCCAACCCCUCGAUUAGAAGAAGCUUUGAAUCAAAUUCAGCCCUCUUUCAGUUCUUCAGCCCUCAAUUCUUCACUCUACUCCAGAAGCCCUAUCAGCAACAGGACCUACACAUCCUCUCCAAGUUCUUCAGCAAGUUCCACUGCCUCUCAUUACCAGAAGCAGUUGUCUGCCGCAGUAGCCUAUGCCAAAUUGAUGCAGGAGAAGAGUGGCACUAAUCUCAAGAGCAGCCAGAUGCUCUUUCAGAAUGAACUUCUGGAGACACAGCGCCUUCUGGAGGAGAGAAAGAUGAAUAGCCUGCAGGAUUUUGAAGAAGAAAUUAGACAGCUGGAUCGUUCAGAAAGCUUGUCAAGCCUGGACAGUUUAGAGAAUGAACAGUCCGAUCAAAUCCCUAGAGCUGGUAAAAAAAAUGUUACCUAUUCUUCAGCACACGAGUUUGUACCCAGGAACUGCACUCAACCUCAGUUGCAGAGGAAGCACUUUAAUGGCACAUGUCCUGCUGCUAAAAUAAACUUCCUUAAAGCUGAGAAGAUUAGCCAUGAUCCGUGGAACCAAGACAGUAUGAUGUAUACAAAUUCUCAGACACAUGUAAUGUCAAAAAGAACUGAGGAAUUGAGCACUAAGUAUCUGAACAACACACAGCAAGCAAUAACAGUGCAGCGCACAAAUGAGGCAUAUUUUGAGGGUGAAAAAGAAGCUAAUAUAAAUGCAGCCACAUUGAGUAGCCAGAAUACAUUAACUGAGAAUAAAAAUGUGGAUACUUCAUCUAAUGAGACUAGCCGUGAUAAAACUCAUGAUGAUUUUAGUGACAAUUGCCCUAAAGUUAUACCAUCUAAAGCAUGGAGCACUCCUGAUCCUACACCAAAGGAAAUACAGUUUUCCACUCAAGAGGAUGAAUCAAGGCAACAAGUGAAAAAUCCAGCAGAUAGGUAUUCAAAUCAGCCAUUGGCAACUCAGAUUGUUUUACCUACUAACCAGAUUAGUGGCGAAGAAAAUUUGAGCAAUAAGUCUGCAUCUCCUGGUACUUUACUAAAAAUUGUAAACAAGAGUUGUACAGAACCAGAUUGCCUUGAUGUGAGCCUGACUGAAAAUCCUAAAUGCAGCCAUUGUCCAAGGACUAAUCAAAUCGACCCAAUUUAUUCUAAGAAUUACAAUGAUAAAAGCGAAAAUUGUGAAAGUGAAAAAUCCAUUGAUGUAGAAUCGUCAAAUCACGUAACAGACUCUCACAGGACUAAAAGUAGUAUUUCCAAAACUCCCUUAACUCCUGGGGAAGAGAGACAAAAACUUUCAGACGCAAAACUAUCAGACCCACCAUCUACUUCUGUUGGUGGAACAAAGGGCAUUAACGUUGUUAAAGGGAUAUUAAAAAAAGAAUCAAAAUACGCAUCAGGUCAUGCCAGCUCUGCGCUUUCUUCCAGCAGUGUCCAUUUUACAAAACAGGUGGCAAAGUCUAUCAGGGAUAGCGUGGAAUUGACAAAGCUGAAAGACAAAGAUCUAGAUAACAGUAAGACUAAAAAGAAGCUGCGGUGGUUUGAUGAGAUUGGCUUGAAUGAGUCUGAUGAGGUUAACAAGCAAAACCAAGCAAGGAGCAAAUUAUUUCAUCAAUCAACAGUAAAAAAUAAUAUAAAAGAUAUUUCAACAGAACGUCAAGAGAGCCAGUUCCGGGUUUCUGCUACGCCAAGUGCCCCAGGGGCUUCCAAGACAGCCCAGACUACACAGGUCACAACCCCCUUGGUUUCUACUGGCUAUCACUUCACGAAACAAGCUUGGGCAGACUCCGAGCACCAGGACAGUAAGCUGCAGGAACAAGGUAUGAAGUCACAAUUGGCAAAUGCCUGUCAACGCAAAGGAAGGCCAAGGGUCCCUAGGAGAGUGCGAUCUGCUAAAGCUCGAUUGGGCACUGCUCCCAGCAAGACUAGAAGGGGUACCAUAAUCAGACCACAGUCUGCAAGUGAAGCUAAUCAUGUUUUGAAAUCCCAGGGGAAAAUGAUUAAACCCAGCCCUCCUCCCAGACCCAUAUUUCCUCAAGGCAGGCAAGUUCAGAGUGCGAGCAGCAAUGAGGAGACAGUUGGGCGUCCAACAAGGAAUCUUUAUAACGACACUCAAACUUUCAGCAAGGGAAGCAUGCCAGUGGAACAGGCUUCAUACAAAGACAUUCCAGAUGGCUGUGCUCUGCCUCAGGGCAGUUCCUUCACCACAGCUAGUGUCACGUUCACACCAUUCCCACCCUCCUACACCUUAUCCUCCUGCGAGACUGUCACGAAGGCCACUUAUACUGUCAACAGUAUCCUGGGCGGAGACCGACAAGAGGCCUUGACCACUAGACGAGGUCCCAUCUAUGGAGAGAAUGGUCUGCGUCUGGACCAUACCCCCACUGACGAGGAGAUCUUGCAACUGUGGCACGGAGUUCGCAGUGCAUUGGCGACCAAGGAUGGUGACUCCCGAAACAUUUCUACUCACAAUGGUCUGUUGUCUGUUGUGCCUCAAGCCCGUGCCAAUUUGUCCCAUGUUACCAUAGACGGUGGUAGUUUGAUUGGUGGUGUCAAAUCACUCACUAGAAUGGGUGGAUUUUUUGCUUCACCUUCGAAUGCAGCCUUCAAUGUGGCAAGGAGAAAACAGAUCCUGGAUAGUAAUGGAGCAAAGCACAGGGCUCUUUUGGAACAGAGGAGACAGGCUACAGACUCUGUAUCCAGGAAACCUGUGAUUGCAUCAGAGGGCACUGUUCAGAUCAGUCCAUUGCCAAGUAAACCUGAACAAGCACAAAUGCCCUCAGAUGAAGUUUCUGAGAGUACGGCCCAGUUCCUCCUGGCAGAGAACCUGACUGAAACCUCAGCCUCUGACAGUGAGAUCCUGAGAGCUAUGGAAAUGGUGCAUUCGCAGAAACACACCUUCUUGCUGAACCGAGCCCAGCACCUUGGCCUCAGCGCUCUCUCUCUGGAAGAACAGAAACUGCUACAUUCAUUGGAGCACCUCAAUCACAGACUGCUGCGUAAGACAGCUUUCACUCACCCACUGCAGCUAAGGGAACCAUUGUCCUCAGCCAUUUCUGUACAUUUUACAAAUAAAAAGCACAAUUCUGGCAGAUAUGUUCUUGUUUUUAUCCCAGACAAUUCCCAAUAUGAUGCUAGGAAUUUACUGCAAGUGUCAGGUUUUAUUUCUGUUGGUUUAAAUUAAUUAAUAAAAAAUAUUUGACCACAUCUGCAAUGCAUACCAGCAUACCACCAUUUGGUACUAAUUUAGAAACCUUUCUUACAGGUGUCUAUAUCUGUACUAUAUUUCUGUCAUAGUUGACCAUUAUUUCACUUACUGUCCUUAUUUUUACUCUUUUCUACUAAAUUAGGAGCUAUUUUGUAUGAAGUCU